UUCCUCACUUUUGUCCUCACCUCAUUGCAUGGCAUGCCAUUACCUCCUUGGCCUUGGCCCAAGAUGGACUCUUGAUCUUGUGGGUAGUUGGAGAUCAGUCUCAGGGAGAACAACGUACAAGGAUGGGACAACAGCCUCUUUCAAUGAGGACUGAACUACCAAGAACACCAUCUUUGCCAUCUACCCGGACAACUCUACCGUCAACCCUUGACUCCCCGCGAUAAAGACGACAAGCCAAGACGAAGGCUGUGACUGAGCUCGUUAAGGGGGCAAGAGGUGGUGUGGAAGGCCCAGACAGGUCGUUAUGAAAUUAAUUCUGAAAUCGUCAUCGGAGGACAAUUUGCCAACAUACUCAGAUGCGGUUCAUAACCCACACUCUCUGGAACAGUUGGCCAGAAGUUCGUGCUCAGACACGGCUGCCGCCCACGGAAUCAACGCUAGUAAAAGUUCCUCCAUCAUUGCCACCCAUUUGAACACGGGCUCGUGCCACAUCACCGUGGUCUCUCCAUCCCAAGAUCGAGAUGUUUUGCACUGCAAGCAAACGACAGUAAUCAAAAUGAGAGCUUCUAAGGAUACGGAAGUAGCGCUCACGGGCAAAUUCAAAGAUCCAGUGGUGACCACAACGCCAGAAGAAAGAAUAACAUGGGACAGCAACCUGGACUUUUUGCUCUCCAUCAUUGGAUUUGCAGUAGAUCUGGCCAAUGUGUGGCGAUUUCCAUACCUCUGCUACAAGAAUGGUGGUGGAGCCUUUUUGAUUCCGUAUCUUUUGAUGCUGGUGUUUGGUGCUCUGCCGCUCUUUUACAUGGAGGUGAUCCUGGGUCAAUACAACCGACAAGGUCCCAUUAGUUUGUGGAAGAUUUGUCCACUUUUUAAAGGGGUUGGAUACUGCGCCGUUUUCAUUGCGUUUUACGUAUCCUUUUAUUACAACGUCAUCAUUGGGUGGGCAAUUCUUUACCUGGGGAACAGUUUCUCCUCCAAAUUACCUUGGACUGGGUGUGAUAAUGAUUGGAACACGGAGUUUUGCCGGGAGUCGUGCGAAAAUAUUACGGAUAUUUCGUGCAACCUCACAAGAUCGCCUGCCAAAGAAUACUUCAAUCGAGGAGUUCUGAGGUUGCAAGGAAGCACAGGAAUUUUUGAUCCCGGACCCCCCAACAUGACUCUUGUGGGGUGCAUAAUGAUCGUGUACAGCAUGCUCUACAUCUCUCUCUUCAAGGGAGUCAAAUCGUCCGGGAAGGUUGUUUGGGUGACAGCCACGAUGCCUUAUAUUCUCUUGACGAUUCUUUUGCUGCGGGGCAUCACCUUGCCUGGAGCCAUUGACGGCAUUAUCUACUACUUGGUUCCUGACCUAAAGGCCUUGGCCGACCCGUCGGUGUGGAUUGACGCAGCGGUGCAAAUUUUUUACUCAGUCGGCGCCGGAUUUGGUGUGCACUUGGCUUAUGCCAGCUACAACAAGUUUGACAACAACUGUUACAGAGAUUGUCUGAUCACCUCUUGUGUGAAUUCGUUUACGAGUCUCUUUUCCGGUUUUGUCAUCUUCACCUAUUUGGGAUACAUGUCCCAUCUUCAACAAAAGCCCAUUGAUAAAGUGGCCGAGCAAGGGCCCGGAUUGGUUUUUGAAGUGUAUCCAGAGGCUAUUGCCACUCUGCCUGCCUCUCAGGUCUGGUCGGUUCUCUUCUUUGUGAUGCUGGUUUUCCUAGGAAUGGACUCGGCGAUGGGAGGCUUGGAAUGUGUGAUUACUGGACUCCUGGAUGAGUUUGAGACCACCUUUAAGAAGUUGAAAAUCAAUCGGGAAAUAUUCACCUUCAUCGUGGUGUUCAUCUCAUUCCUGGUCGCUCUAUCUUGCGUCACUCCAGGCGGUUUUUACAUCUUUAAUCUCUUUGAGCGCUAUGCUGCAGGCGUUUCUCUGCUCUGCACCGUGUUUUUUGAAGCCGUUGCAGUCUCGUGGGUUUACGGGCUAAAGCAAUUGAAUGCAGACGUAUUUGAGAUGCUGGGUCACACCCCAAGUUUAUACUGGAGAGUGUGCUGGAAGAUCAUUAGCCCUCUCUUUUUAGGGGUUAUUAUGAUUCUUCAGCUUAUUGAUGUGGCCCCAUUUGUUAUAAAAAUGUACGACAACGUCAGUUAUCAUUAUCCAUUCGGGGCUGUGGCCAUUGGGUGGAUCGUGGCUCUUUCCUCAGUCCUGAUGAUUCCAUUUCUGGCCAUCCGUUCUUUGGCUUCCCAACCAGGAACCCUGACUCAGAAAUUUGCGCUUUCAAUAUCACCGGAGAAAGAGGCCGAAGACAUUCUUCAAGGCAAACCAGUGCGUCGAUUCACGCGAGAGCAUUGGUUAACACUCUAAGCUUCUCCACCGGAAAGGCUGAUGGAGUGCAUACAUUUUAAACACUACCUACAACAAAGCUGGCUGGCUUAUAUGGAAUAGUAUUAAUGUAUCCCAAUCUUCAUAAUACUUGAAACAAGAUACGCACAUUAUUUGCAAAUUAACAUAGAUUUUUAUGUGGAAAUGUAGGUGUCAUGGUUAAUAAAUUUCCUCGUUACCUCUCAA